GCGCCGGCGGCGGCCAGAUCCCGCCCAGUUCGGAGGUACAAUUCUGCUCUGCGCGCCGCAUCAGCGAAAGUGACAGUAGAGGCAGUGAUCUCGGACUAGAACGCAACACGGGCUUCUGAGAAAUUCAGGGUGGGCAUACAUGCAUAAUGAUGUUGGAAUGGUGUCCAGCAGAAGGAACUCCACAGGGGCGUUCCACCGGGACAGCCCUGUCAAGGACUGGACCCAGUUCGCCGACCCCUCGCCGUCUCCCAAGCUGCUGUACUCGCAGUCCUACGUGGUGAUGCGAGGGCUGCUGGCGUCGAUGGCCUCGCUGGACUUCGCCCUGUGGUCAAGCACGCUCAAGUCCGCAUGCCGGUCGACCGAGAGAUCGAAAUCCAAGGGGAUGUGCUGCAAGAGGGUCGCCUUCCAGCUAUUCGUGUUCUUCAUGGUCGGCAUCUUCAUCGGGUUCACGCCCUUCUUCUCGGUCGACGUCUCUCAGAAGAUUGUCUCGAGGCUUCCGUUCGACGAAGGGGUGGACGAUAAGGUUAAGGAGCUGGAUGCGAUCGUGGUGCAGAAAGAGGUCGAGGUGAUCGACGAGCCCGAGGUCGAGAGCCCUCCUGUUCCUGCAAUGCUGGAUGACGAGGUCGAUUUUUUCGAAGCUUCGUCAUCUGCGAAACCUGCUGUUAAUGAUCUGGUCAUCCCCGUGAGGAAGCUGCUGAUAGUGGUCACGAUUACUUCUGUUCGGCCACAGCAGGCGUAUUACCUGAAUCGGCUAGCACAUGUUCUGAAAGGGGUACCGCCUCCUCUUUUAUGGUUAGUGGUGGAAUGGCCUGGUACUACCGUUGAAACGGCGGAUAUCCUCAGGUCUUCUGGGGUUAUGUACAGGCAUAUUAUGUGCAGGAAGAAUAUUACCAAUGCACGCAAGAUUGCUGUCUGUCAAAGGAACAAUGCAAUCUAUCAUAUUAAAAAGCAUCACCUUGAUGGCAUAGUGCAUUUUGCUGAUGAAGGGCGGUCAUACAUGGGCGACGUAUUUGAAGAAAUGCGGAAAAUCAGGCGCUUUGGCACAUGGCCUGUAGCAAACCAUGAUGGAACUAAGUACAGGGUGGUUUUAGAAGGUCCUACGUGUAAAGGUAAUCGAAUCACUGGAUGGAACACAAUUCAGAAGAAGGGUUCACCUCGGCGAUUCCCAAUUGGUUUCUCUGGGUUCGCUUUCAACAGUACAAUGCUCUGGGAUCCUCAGAGGUGGAACCGCCCAGCUUUGGAUUCUGUUAUUGUCCACUCCGGUGGUAGAGGUGGUUUGCAGGAGUCGCGGUUUAUUGAGAAGCUUGUUAAACAUGAGCGUCAAAUAGAGGGCCUUCCAGACAAUUGCAACCGAGUUAUGGUCUGGAAUUUCAAUUUGGAACCUCCUCAGCUCAACUAUCCCGCCGGGUGGUCAUUGUGGAACAACCUUGAAGUCAAUGUACCUGUAACAUAAAGUCUCGCUGCGUUGCUGCACCAUGUAUUCUCGUACAGGUCAUUGCUCUUGGCAAGCUAGAAGCAGUGAUAAACCUUUGUACUGCACAGAGGUUCUGAAUAUCAACUUUGUGUUGUCCACAAGUGGCCGCGGCGCUGCUAACUGACGCCCUCCUGAACAGCCUGCGCAACAGGAUCCACAAAGUCCUAUUGCCCUGAUCUGCCUCCAGCAAUGUCAAUCAUAUUAGCAGCAACGCCAAGCAAAAAUUUCCUGACCAAACUCUUGUUUUUGUGUACUCUCUAUUCUUUGUGUGCUCUUGAUUUCCCUGUAGAUUUUUCGCGGCCUUUUCUUUGUUAUUAUUAUAUGUUUACAGAUGUAAAAACCUGCAGCCGUUGUAACUGUUAACAGCCAAGGCAAUACCACAGAUUUGAAUCAAAGCACUUAGGUUCUAA